AUGGCUGCGACAAAAGGUGUCCAUUUAGAAGUGCUUAUUUUGAUGAAUAACCAGCUAUUAAGAAUUGACGAAGGUCAGUUUUUCGACGACAUCGUUAGCUUUUGUGAGAAGUCUGCGAAUGCAGGAAAGACCGUUAUAGUCGCAGCGUUAGACGGGGACUUCCUGCGACAUGGAUUCAACGACAUUCUUAACCUGGUACCGCUAGCCGAAAGUGUCAUCAAACUUAACUCAGUGUGCAUGUUGUGUUAUGGCGACGCUUCUUUUACUAAAAGAAUCGGAACAGAAAUGACGCUUGAGGUUAUAGGAGGCAGCGACAAAUAUAUCGCUGCUUGUAGAUCAUGUCAUUCGAAGCAACUGCUUUCUCCUUUAACGCCUAGUGUAAUGAUUAAUGGAAAUCACACGCAGUUAAGAGAUUGCGUUUUGUUAAAUAAAGCUGAACUUGUCAAAACUUCAUCAGAAGAUAAGGAGAACAUCCGAAAAACCGAAUCAAAUAAUUUGAGCUGA